CUUGUUUCAUUCUCUCUCUCUCUCCUCUCUCAAACAAAGCUGUUUUUGCUAUAAAAGCUCACUCCACUUUCCUCCAAACUCUCCACCAAAUCUCUCUCUCUCUCUCCAUCUUCGCAUCAGAAAGGAAAUAGAGAAAGAUUUUUAAAAAAAAAGGGAAACAAGAGAUGGAGAUCUCUGCGAGAAAGUCUUAUUUCAUAGAAGAAGACGAUGGGUUGGCUUCAAUUGCAGAGGUGGAGGCUGGUGUUUCUUCCCAGAACGCCGCCGUUUCGAGCCCCUUCUGCUACACGAGAAGGAACACCCUCAGGAACAUGAACUACUUGAACUUCUACCCUCAGGGUUAUUACCAGCAUCAGUACUCAGUUUCCUCUCCGAGAUCUGUCGUUUCCGGAAGGUUCCAUGAUUCCAGAUUCGAAAACAGUUGUUACAGCCAUCAGCAGCCUCAUUACCUGGAAUCUUGCACCAUGUGCAAGAAGCCUCUAGUGAAGAUAGACAUCUACAUGUACAGAGGGGACAUACCGUUCUGUAGCGAGGAGUGCAGACAAGAGCAGAUAGACAGAGACGAGGCGGUGGAGAAGAAGAAGAGAGUGUCAUCUUCCAUGAAAGCUAUGAGGAGAAAGGAACAGAGCUCUUCUGCUUCUUCUUCCCCCAACAGAUCUCCGGAUUACUCUUUUAAAGCCGGAACUGUUGCUGCCGCUUGAUUUCUCUUAAUGAAACUCCUGCAAGUUCUAGUUUGAGGCGAAAUAGUUCAUCUUCUAAAGGUGGAAGCUUUGAAAACUCUUCACGAGGAAAGAUAAAAAAAGGAGGAGAAACCUCUCUUCUUCAAA